GUCAUCCGUACAACUGACUCAGAUCAACUUGGUGGCUGACUUUUUUCCACGACAAUUUUUGUUAAAACUACGGUUAAAAUUCGACUUAUCGCAUUGCAAAAACACUGUAUAAUCAGUGUGUGCUACUGAAUAUUUCACAUAUAUAUAAUAAACAAAGUGCAACGUGUGCAGUGGAAGCCGCAAAAGUAUCACGCCCCAGUAGCAAAACAAUAGGAGGAGAGAGUGCGCAAGAGUGAGAGGAGAGAGGUCAGCAAACCCGCAAUUAAGAAAAAGUCGACACGUACAAGAAAGAGUUUAACAGAGGCAGCACAAGAGAGCGGCAGCAGAACUAACUAACUUAAGAAAAAAAAAAAAAAAAAAAACAAAACAAUAGUAAAUAUGUCAUCCGGCGACUUUGGAAAUCCGCUGCGUAAAUUCAAAUUGGUGUUCCUGGGCGAGCAAAGUGUGGGGAAAACUUCACUGAUUACACGCUUCAUGUAUGACAGCUUUGACAACACCUACCAGGCGACAAUUGGUAUUGAUUUUCUAUCCAAAACGAUGUACCUAGAGGAUCGGACGGUGCGAUUGCAGCUGUGGGAUACGGCGGGUCAGGAGCGAUUCCGUUCGCUGAUACCAUCGUACAUCCGCGACUCCACAGUCGCUGUGGUUGUAUACGAUAUAACGAACACAAACUCGUUCCACCAGACAUCCAAGUGGAUCGAUGACGUGCGCACGGAGAGAGGCAGUGAUGUCAUUAUCAUGUUGGUUGGCAACAAAACGGAUCUAUCCGAUAAACGGCAGGUGUCCACCGAAGAGGGCGAGCGCAAGGCGAAGGAGCUAAAUGUGAUGUUCAUCGAGACGAGCGCCAAGGCCGGUUACAAUGUUAAGCAAUUGUUUAGACGCGUGGCGGCGGCGUUGCCCGGCAUGGACUCAACGGAGAACAAACCAUCCGAGGAUAUGCAAGAGGUUGUGCUUAAGGAUUCGCCCAACGAGACAAAGGAUCCCGAAGGAGGCUGUGCUUGCUAGAACUGGGCAUCCAGAACCCUUCCCCCACAACCUCCGCUACGACCUCGACCUCGACAACAUUCACACAUUGACAAACGCUGGCGACAGGUGUACGCCAGGUGUAUGUGGGCAGCGGGUUAAAGAUGAGCAUGCAAAAACAACAACAACAACAAUUUAUGAGAUGCACACAUACACAAUUUUAUGUUUAAGUUUAUUUAUAAAACAAAAAAAAAACAAGUAUAAAACGAAAUGAUAGCAAAACAUAAAAUAGACUAAAAACUAAUUUAACGCAAUCGGCUAAUUAUGUACGUUAAAUGAAUGCAAUGCAAUUAAGUAUGCGCCUAAUCCUAACAUCCAA